AAGCGAGACUUGAUCUCUGCAAAGUGCUCUUCACUCGUCAUCCUUGCCGGCGAAGAGCGUCGCGUCGACUUGGCUUGGAGAGAGCCAGAGGCGGCCACGAAGAGCAGCGCCCAGUCCGUCCCUUGAGCAGCAUGGUGACCGUCAAACUCGAGGUGAGAUCGAAGGGCGCCAGUAAGACAGGUCGACCGGCCCAGGAGAUUGCCUUCAGCGAGGAGAAGACGAGCGACAUCACCCUGUUCCACCUCAAAGAGGCAGUCAAUACGAAACUUCACAUCCCCUCAGAGCGACAACGCCUCCUCACGGCGGAAAAGAGAGUGCUGAGCGACGAGGACGAGUCAAAGACCUUGGAUGCGCUUGGACUCAAUGAUGGCGACACCGUCACCGUCAAAGACCUCGGCCCUCAGAUUUCUUGGCGCCUAGUCUAUAUCAUCGAAUACGCCGGUCCCAUUGCUAUCCACCCCUUGUUCUACUUUUACGGCUCAAAGUUCAUCUACGGCCGCUCACUCGUACACAGCAAGAUGCAGACCAUGGUGUUCGCCAUGAUCAUGGCACACUACAUCAAGCGCGAGCUCGAGACCGUCUUUGUCCACCGCUUUUCCAAAGCGACGAUGCCUCUCUCCAAUGUCUAUCGCAAUAGUGCCUACUACUGGAUCUUCUCUGGAUUUUUGCUCGCUUGGCCACUCUACUCGCCCGCCAAUUCCUACUCGCAGCUGUACGGCACCUUGCGAGCCAAGAACGAAUACCUCUACACUUUGCUGUCUGUCUGGCUUUUUGCGCAAAUCUCAAACUUUGUGUCGCACAUGCAGCUGCGCGCGUUGCGACCGGCAGGCACGCGCGAGCGACACAUUCCCUACGGCUACGGCUUCGAGAUCGUGUCAUGUCCCAACUAUUCUUUCGAGAUACUCGGCUGGCUCACCGUCGUCGUCAUGACGCAAAGCCCCGCAGUACUGCUGUUUGCAACCAUUGGCGUCUAUUUCAUGUCGACGUGGGCUGUCAGCCGGCACAAGGCGUAUCGGCGACAGUUCGGCGACAAAUACCCCCGCAACCGCAAGAUUCUGAUCCCAUAUCUGUUCUGAAGAGGCACAAG